AUGUUCGUGGCUGGCCUGAGCCGCGCGGAGGCGCUGUCACGGCUGCACCCGUUCAAGUUCGGCGUCGCCAUCUCUGCGUUCAAAACGGGCGCUGCCGACGCAAUGGCGCAGAUCUGGCUCGAGAAGCGCGAGACGCUCGACCGCCGGCGCAGUGCAAUCUUUGUGGCUUGGGGGGGCUUCUAUUUGGGCGGAAUCCAGUACUUUAUUUACGUCCACCUCUUCUCGCGCGUUCUCUUCCCCUCCGCUGCGGCCUUUGUCGCUAAGCCGCUGCGGGAGCGGCUCGCGGACCGCGCAGGCCAGCUGACAGUGAUCAAGCAGGUUGCGCUCGAUCAGCUGCUGCACCACCCGUUCAUGCUGUUUCCCUGCUUCUACUGCGUCAAGGAGGCCAUUGAGGCGGGCCAGCUUCGCGCAUCGCAGUUCGCGGCCGCGCGCGGCAAGUAUCUUGCCAACUUACGCGAGGACUGUUUCGUCUGCUGGAGCACUUGGGUCCCCGCCUUCCUCUUCAACUUCUCGAUCCUGCCCAUCCACGCUCGGGUGCCCUUCGUCGCCGUCGUCUCCUUCGGAUUCACAACCUACUUUAGCUUCCUGCGGGGGAAACCCCAGGAGCUGGCGGACAGCUGA